AUGAAGCUCGCUUCCAUAGCUCGUGCUGGUGUACUUGUUUCCGCACUAGCGGCCACCCUGACACAAGGGUACACGUUCGCCGAGACCAGUGACUUGACUACGGACUCAGACACCGUAGAGAGCACGGGUCUCACAGUCAACGAGGAGAGCCGCAUCUACGGUGGAUCCGAGGCGGAUGCGUCCAAAUACCCGUACAUUGUAAGUCUGCGCAAGGAUAAAGCCGAUGGCAGUACCUACUGCGGUGGCACUCUCAUUGCUUCACAGUACGUUGUGACUGCUGCUCACUGUGUGAAGACGGAUGUCAACACAAUCUACGCUUCAAUGGGAUCGGCGUUCGGAUCGGGGUCGGCAGACGGCGAGCAAGUCAAAGUGAUCGAGGGGUACCGUCAUCCCAUGUACAACAAAUCCGAGCACUUGUACGACGUUGGAGUGCUCAAGCUUGAAAAGAAAGUGUCCACAGACUCUAUCGAUCUUUGCGCAGCCGACGGAUCGGACAACGAGGUCGGAAGUGUUGCAACCGUCCGAGGAUGGGGGCUCACCGAGAAUGGCUCGCAGAGUCUCGUGAUGGAGGAGCUGAAUGUUAAAAUCAUCUCGAAUGCCGAGUGCAACAAAAUGUAUAGCGACCGCAUCACUGAAGGUAUGCUGUGCGCCGGUGAAGGCGAUGGCAAAGACACUUGCAACGGAGACUCGGGGGGUCCGCUGAUUGAGAACGAUGUACUUGUCGGAAUUGUGAGCUGGGGCGGCAAGUGCGGAGCAAAUGCCGGCGUGUACACGCGCAUCUCGCAUGUGCUGGACUACAUCAACGACAUUGUGAGUGGUGGCACUGGAAGUGGUUUCACUUCGAAUGUUUCGGGAUCGACUAGUGAAGACAAAUCUUCAUCCACUUCAACGGAUACGACAGAUGCCCCCGCAACGGCCACCAAGACACCAGCAACCGAAACAUCAUCACCGACUUCUGCUCCUACGAAAGCCCCCACUUCAGCUACACUGACUCCUGUUAUUAAUACGACUAAAGCUCCAACUCAGGCUCCGACUGUCACGGAAGCACCGGACACUGAAGCGCCGGACACCGAAGCAUCCGAAACGGAGAAUGACUCGGUAGAGCAAAUUGAGUCGAGCGAUAACCCUGCACAGCAGAGCGAGUCUGAUACUUCGACCGACGUGCCGACGCCCGCCUCAGAUUCGCGCCGCGCUAGUUGGCGUUGCGAGUACGAGGGACAGCGUGCGAAGGAUAGGACGAUGGCUGGUAGACUACAUGAGUCGGGAUUUAGAGCUGUGGUUGUAGUUCUUACCACUUGUAUGUGUUUGUGUGCGACAGAAGCCCGAAGAACGCAAAAUGUCAACGGACAACAGACAAUCACGUAUAAUGCGCUCGGGAUCGAGGAUGACGACGCCAGCGACGAAGACUACGUGUUGGAGGCCAUUUCGGAGGAUGAGGAAGAAGAUGAGGACCUUUCCUCUGGCAAAUCAAACGAGGGCAGCACAACAGCUGCCGAGGAAUUUGAGAUUAUCUUCGAUGCAUACAAGAAGAUGUACAAGCUCAAGUUUCGGGUGCGGAGCUCAGAAAAGACGGCGCUUGACUGUAAAUUGACGCCCCAGCAGACGCGUAAUCUUAUCCGUAGCACCAUGGGGAAGGAUUCUGGUGAAGACCGUCUCAAGAAUAUGCUUCACGCUCUUCGGCAUCUUGAGGGCAGCGAUGUGCUCGUCAUUCAAGACCAGUUUGACGUCACGUGCGGAGUUGUUAUGCAGACAAAAAUUCAAAAGAUGAUGUUUGAGCGGUGGGGGGAAACGUUGGCAAUGGACUUUACGCAUGGAACGAAUAACCUGGGCUAUCAUCUGGGGAGUUUGGUUGUCACCACAUGCACGGGUCGUGGCUUCCCUGUGGUUGAAUUCAUUUGCCUCAAUCAGCAAGCAAAGACGAUCUCCACGAUUUUGGAGUACUUCAAGGAGAAGAAUUCGUGUUGGUUGAGUCGGAUCAGGAAGUCGCAGAUCGGUUCGUUGACUUUACGUCUCGCCGAGUAG